GCUACCCAGUAAAAAAGUUUCAUUUAAGACUGAACAACUUCCCGCUACUUACCCAAUCAACAAAAACUUUUAUCGUUAUUAUUGGAAAAAACUUCCCAAUUCCAAAUCAAAGAUCAUGGCGUUUUCCCUAAUCAAUCCGAACCAGAUGUUAGAUUGAGAGCAUUUAUGACUUAGGAUUACGAAGUGAGGCGAUUUUUUCAUCUGUCCUUCAUUCAUUCAUUGCCGAAUAAAUCCUUGGGGAAUGCAAAUCAGGGCUAUGGAGGAAAUAAUGUGUCUCGAAAUCUGAUCUUCUUUGCUUUAAAGUUGAAGUUGUAUCACGCGGCACAAGGCUCUGGUCAUUCAUGGCGCCCUUUAGCAUUCAUUGCUCUCCUUCUCUUCAAAUACCUUUCAAUAAUAUAAGCAAUCGUAGCUUUGCCGUGGAAAAUUAUGAGGAAAAGGCAGAGAUUUGGGCGCUCGCAGAGAAGGAACUGCUGUACAUGCCGCAUUCUGAUUAUUUGCGAAGGCUUGCCCUUAACAAUGGCGAUUUUGAAGCCCGUCUUCGUGCGGUGUCAUGGAUUUUGAAGGUGCAGAAAUUUCAUUCUUUUCGUGCGGAAACGGCUCUGCUGGCUGUUAAUUAUUUGGAUCGUUUCAUGGCCUGCACAGAAAUAGAGCAAGCAAAGAGGGGCUGGGCAAUGCAGCUGGCGUCUGUGGCUUCUCUUUCUCUUGCGGCUAAGAUGGAAGAAAACAGCGUUCCUCUGUUGAUCAAUCUCCAGGUAGAAGGAGCAGAGUAUAUUUUCGAAGCAAGGACGGUACAGAGAAUGGAGUUGAUCCUCCUGGGGGCUCUGAAAUGGCGGAUGAGUACUGUAACACCUCUUUCAUACAUAUGUCAUGGAACUCACAUUUUAGGCUUACAAAAGCAGCAAAUUAGGAAUCUCACAUUACGCUGCAAUGAAGCCGCUCUCUGUAUUGUUAAAGACAUUAGGGUUUUGAAUUUUCGGCCCUCUGUCGUUGCGGCUGCAAUCAUGCUGUGCACAAUGAGGAAAGCACAGAUUCUGAACAGCGUUGAAUGCGAGCGCCGCUUGCUUUCUGGAUUAAAGGUCGAUAAGGGUAUUGUGGAAGAAUGUUAUAAGCUAGUCCUUGAAUCGCUUGGGAAAUUGAUCUCGUCAUGGAAGCGAAGAGUGUGCACCAGUUCUUCCCUGCAACAAGGCAGCCCUCAUGGAGUAAUGGACGCAAGCUUCAGUUGUAACAGCGACAAUUCAAGUGCUAAUUAUGCACCUAAAGAUCCCAGUUUUGAACCCUCUGCCUCCAAGAAGAGGAGAAUAGGAGAAUAUUUCCCGACAAAUAAAAGUGUGGAAAAGGUGUAUUAGACUGUAAUAGAGCGAUUUGAAUAAGUAUGUCCUGUUACAUGCAAGAUUGUAAAUGUUUUGAAAGUUCAAAGAGGCCGAUUGGCAGGGGAGCUGUGUACUCUGAGGAGGAUUGUAGUGCAGGAAAUACUACUGGGCGCAUUUAUUACUGUAUAUAUAUUUAGUGUACUAUGUUUCCAGGCAACAUCGAAGAAAAAUCCUUCAAAAUUAAUUUAGGUGAUGGAUUAGAAACAGUAAUUAGGUAGAAAAGUCAGGAGGACAAGAAACUGCCCAGGAAGACUUCAGAAUGCCAUGGUCGGGCGCAGGUAGUUUUCUAAUAUAAUUUCCACCAUCCUCAUCGACCAUUAUUUCCACCCAGAGUUCUCUCAUAUUACCUAACUACUUAUAAUAUUUCUUCAUCAUCUGGAAUCUUUAUAAAUGUCGCUUUAAAAUGGCUUCCAUCAAUCAAUUUCAGAGGUUGUUUUUUUUCUUGGAUUUACA